AUGGCUGGCCGACUCUUUGCUGUAUUUAGGACCUUCAUCCGCAAGAACACUGUUCUCUUGACCACUGCUUUUGCCGGCGCUUUCGCUUUCGAGCUAACACUGACCAUGCAAUCUCAAUUCAGUGGCUUUGACAUCACCUCCAACAAGAUCUGGGACAGCUGGAACCAGGGCCGUCAAUGGAAGGACAUCAAGCACCGUUACGUGGUUAAGGAGGAGGAGGAUGACGAGUAA